CGGCCUGUCAGUUUCUCAACGGACGCGAACCGCGGCUGACCUAAAACUUUGGCGCUCGUACGCGCGCUCUCCGCUAGUGCAGUGUACACUACCCCCCAUACACAUACACACAAAAAAACGUGUUUGCUUACAGAGAAGGAGCGACAACCACGCGUUGUACUGUUGUUGUGAAAAAAGUACCGUGCAAACACUGGAAGCUGCAGCUCGAUGGAGCCAACCGCAACGCCUCAACGAGCCAGUUGUGAGUAGCGAACGGAGGGAGGUGAUUCCAUCAGCUUGCUGAUCUACAAGUAAAUCAACAAAAGUCAACGACGCCUUCGCCAGCAGGCGAAGAUUAUAAGUGAUCGAGUGCAGUGUAUGUGUGUGUGUGUCGUGAUUCGUGAUCGUGGUAUUGGUCUGUGUGGCGUUUGUGCUCGUGAUUGUGCCAGUGCAGUGAACGGUGUCACGGUGCCAACCGCGGCACACACCGCGAUCCAUCCAAAAAGAUGGUGCAAUGCACUCUGAUCUGGGCCGGCAUCGGUGCGAUGAUGGCCGUAUCCGGCGCCCUGCUCGGCUGGGUCGUGUUCCCCCGCGCCGUGCACGAGAAAGUGAUUGAGGCCACAGAGCUACGGCAGGGCACGGAUCAAUACAAGCGCUGGGAGGCGUUGCCCCAGCCGCUAGACUUUAAGGUGUACAUAUUCAACGUCACCAACCCGUACGAGGUGAUGCAGGGCCGGCGCCCAAAAGUGGUCGAGGUGGGACCGUACGUUUACUUCCAAUACCGACAAAAGGAUAAUGUACGGUUUAGCAGGGAUCGUUCGAAGGUCCAUUUCAGCCAGCAGCAGAUGUACGUGUUCGAUGCAGAAUCGUCCUAUCCGCUGACGGAGAACGACGAACUGACGGUGUUGAAUAUGCACAUGAACUCGAUACUGCAAAUUGCCGAAGAUGAAACGUACGACAGCUUGCGGCUGAUCAAUGUCGAGCUGAACCGUAUCUUUGGCCGGCCGGACACGAUGUUCCUGCGGACGACGCCGAAACAGUUCCUGUUCGAUGGUGUGCCGUUCUGCGUGAACGUGAUCGGCAUCGCGAAGGCAAUCUGCAAGGAGAUCGAGAAGCGCAACACCAAAACGAUUCGCACCAUGCCGGACGGGAGCUUGCGGUUUUCCUUCUUCAGCCAUAAAAACAUGACGGACGAUGGCAUGUUCACGAUCAACACGGGCAUUAAGGAUCCGUCCAGGACGCAAAUGAUUGAGCUGUGGAACGGCCGAACGACGCUCGAUGUGUGGAACAAUCGGAGCAGCGGGCUGUCCUCGUCCUGCAACAAGAUACACGGAACGGACGGUUCGGGCUAUCCACCGUUCCGAAACGGGGUGGAAAGGAUGACAAUCUUUAGCACGGAUAUCUGCCGCACAGUAGACAUUAAACUGACAGGCUCAUCUUCGUACGAGGGCAUCCCAGCGCUGCGGUACGAGAUUGACAAUAACUUCCUGCACGAAAUAGGACCCGAAUACGGUAACGACUGUUACUGCGUCAACAAGAUCCCGAAGUCGAUCGUUAAAAGCAACGGCUGCCUGUACAAGGGUGCACUGGACCUGUCCAACUGUUUCGAUGCACCGGUCGUUCUAACGCUUCCCCAUAUGCUGGGUGUUGCCGAGGAGUACACCGCACUGAUUGACGGUAUGGACCCUGAGCCGGAGCGGCAUCAGAUCUUCGUAGACGUAGAACCGUACACCGGGACACCGCUGAACGGUGGCAAAAGGGUGCAGUUCAACAUGUUCCUGCGGCGGAUCGAUGCGAUCAAGCUGACCGACCGGUUGCAGCCGACCCUGUUUCCGGUGAUCUGGAUCGACGAAGGUAUCGCGCUGAACGAGGACAUGGUGAAGCUGAUCGACGACAGUCUGAUGAAGGUGCUCAGCCUGCUGGACGUGGUGCAGUGGGUGCUGAUCGGUGUGGGGCUACUGCUGGCCGUCCUAAUGCCAACGGUGUACUUCGUGAAACGGUGCCGGGGCGAGGGUAGCCGAACGGUUAGCCCGGCCGUUACGGCCACCACCAGUGCGGCCAGCCUGUCGACGGUGGCGGGCGUUACGGGAGAUCGAAGCAAAUGACGCACGUCGCUUACUAUGCUAAGUCUGGACUGAUGAAUCUAGCAGCGGCAGCCGCAGUUUUGGUAGCGGUGCCGCGGUCGGCAGCGAUCAACAUAUUAAAAAACAAAAGGUGCCAAUGAGAUAGGUGUUAGGUGCACCUGUGUGUAUGUGUGUGUAUGAAUGUAUGUAUGUAGAAACACAUCCCUAGGAUCUACGAGAAUGCGACGAAUGCGUGUGACAUGAAUGUUUGAGCAAGGGAUUUUGGUACGAGCAAAAAAUCAUACGCUUCCUGGCCCAACGACCGCUAACAAAACUCAAGAGCCUGAAACUCCGAUGCCGUCCAUUAAUCGUACGGGAUUUCUGGGUUGUGAGUUGGUCGUUUUUAAGGUAACGAUCGAGUUUUACAAAUAGCUACCAAACCGACCGAUUGUACUUGCUUUCUUCUAUAUUUCGUUACUGUUGUUCUUGUAAUGAAUGUGAUUUAUCGUAAGAACGUUAUAGUAAGCAGGAAAUAAAAAAUAAAACCAUAUUUUUCAAUAAAAAUGCAAAAAAC